UUUCCUUCCUCUGAUUCUGGGCUGUCAUGGCGACCCCCAACAAUCUGACCCCCACCAACUGCAGCUGGUGGCCCAUCUCAGCGCUGGAGAGCGAUGCGGCCAAGCCUGCGGAGGCCCCCGACGCGCCCCAGGCAGCCAGCCCCGCCCAUUGGCCCAAGGAGAGCCUGGUUCUGUACCACUGGACCCAGUCCUUCAGCUCGCAGAAGGUGCGGCUGGUGAUCGCGGAGAAGGGCCUGGCCUGUGACGAGCGGGACGUGAGCCUGCCGCAGAGUGAGCACAAGGAGCCCUGGUUCAUGCGGCUCAACCUGGGCGAGGAGGUACCUGUCAUCAUCCACCGUGACAACAUCAUCAGUGACUACGACCAGAUCAUCGACUACGUGGAGCGCACUUUCACAGGAGGACAUUUAGCCAAUGCCACCACGGACCUCAUGAAAUUGGACCAUGAAGAAGAACCCCAGCUCUCUGAGCCCUACCUUUCUAAACAGAAGAAGCUCAUGGCCAAGAUCCUGGAGCAUGACGAUGUGAGCUACCUGAAGAAGAUCCUUGGAGAGCUGGCCAUGGUGCUGGACCAGAUUGAGGCCGAGCUGGAGAAGAGGAAGCUUGAGAACGAGGGGCAGAAAUGUGAGCUGUGGCUCUGCGGCUGUGCCUUCACCCUCGCUGACGUCCUUCUGGGAGCCACUCUGCACCGCCUCAAGUUCCUGGGACUGUCCAAGAAAUACUGGGAAGAUGGCAGCCGGCCCAACCUGCAGUCCUUCUUUGAGAGGGUCCAGAAGCGCUUUGCCUUCCGGAAAGUCCUCGGUGACAUCCAUACCACGCUGCUGUCGGCCGUCAUUCCCAACGCGUUCCGGCUGGUCAAGAGGAAACCGCCAUCUUUCUUUGGGGCCUCCUUCCUCAUGGGCUCCCUGGGCGGGAUGGGCUACUUUGCCUACUGGUACCUCAAGAAAAAAUACAUCUAGAGCCAGGCCCAGGCUUGGUGUCUGACUGUCGGUGUCUCUGUGCUGUGUGAUCCCCAGUGAGCUCUCAGUAACGCACUGUUUCAUGAACACUUGGACAGUCCCUCCCCACCCCUCGUUCAGAGUAAUUCUAUCGUCAGUGUGAAAACAUUCCAUAGUUUAGAAGUAGACGUCGCCAAUGCCACGGCUCUACUAAAGGAGAGAAAGAGUGAGAGAGAGAGAGAGAGCAGAAACAAAACACGAAUGCCUUUUCUUUCGCUUCAAGGUCUCAAGAUGGAACUGUGGGGACUGGUUAGGAUCUGAGGUGAGUCGAGGCUGUUUCACCCACUAAGGCCCAGAUUCUGGGAGGUGCUGGGGGCUUGGAGGGCCUGACCCUCUCGUCCCCUUCCCUCUCGCCCA